AUGUCUGCUCCAUUAGGUGUUGAUCUCGGUAACAACAACACGGUUAUUGCCUGUGCCAUAAAUAGAGGUAUCGACAUCAUUGUCAAUGAAGUGUCGAACCGUUCCACGCCUUCCCUCGUCGGAUUUGGCAUGAAGAACAGAUCCAUCGGUGAGUCUGGAAAAGACCAGCAAACCUCCAACUUGAAGAACACUGUCGACAACUUGAAGAGAGUCUUGGGCUUGAACUUCAACGACCCAGACUUUGAGAUCGAGAAGAAGUACUUCGCCCCAACCUUGUUGGAGAACGAGGAUGGCCAAGUCAGCGCCAAGGUCAGAUUUGCCGGCGAACAGCAGGAGUUCAACUUCACUCAAUUGACUGCCAUGUACCUCGGCAAAAUCAAGGACAUCACUGCCAAGGAGACCAAGGCUGUCAUUUCGGAUGUGUGUAUUUCCGUGCCUGUCUGGUACACCGAGAAGCAGAGACGCGCUGCCUCGGACGCCUGCAGAAUUGCCGGCUUGAACCCAGUCAGAAUCGUCAAUGAAGUCACUGCCGCCGCUGUUGGUUACGGUGUCUUCAAGCAAAACGACUUGCCAGAGGACGAGCCAAAGAAGGUCGCCUUCGUUGACAUUGGCCACUCCUCGUACCAAGUUUCCAUCGCCGCCGUCAAGAAGGGUGAGUUGAAGAUCUUGGGUUCUGCCUACGAUAAGCACUUUGGUGGCCGUGACUUCGACCUAGCCAUUGCCAACCACUUUGCCGAGGAGUUCAAGUCCAAGUACAAGAUCGACGUCAAGGAGAACCCCAAGGCUUUCUACAAAGUCAUUGCUGCUUCCGAAAAAGUCAAGAAGGUCUUGUCUGCCAACACCCAGGCUCCUAUCAACAUCGAGUCGCUUAUGAACGAUGUGGACGUCUCUUCCUCCUUGACCAGAGAGGAGUUGGAGAAGUACGUCACUCCAUUGUUGGACAGAAUCCAUGUCCCAAUCGAGGUGGCUUUGAAGGACGCCGGUCUCACCACCUCCGACCUCGACUCCAUUGAGAUUAUCGGUGGCUGCACCAGAGUGCCAUCCUUGAAGACCAGAUUGAGCGAGUUCUUCGGCAAGCCUUUGUCCACGACCUUGAUCCAAGACGAGGCCAUUGCCAGAGGUAACGCUUUCAUCUGUGCCAUGCACUCCCCAACCAUGAGAGUGAGACCAUUCAAGUUCGAGGACUUCAACCCAUACUCGGUCUCCUACUUCUGGGACAAGGACGAGGAGGACGACGACCACCUCGAGGUGUUCCCAAGAGGUGGCGCUUUCCCCUCCACUAAGAUCAUUACCUUGUUCAGAAAGGGUGACUUCGACGUCGAGGCCAGAUACACCAACAAGGAGGAGCUCCCAGCGGGCGCCGAGCCUGUGAUUGCCAAAUGGCUGAUCAAGGGUGUCGUUCCAGUUGAGGGUGAGCAGUCUAUCGCCGUCAAGUUGAAGUUGAGAAACGACCCAUCUGGUUUCUACACAAUCGAGUCUGCUCACACUGUUGAGGAAAAGAUCGUGAAGGAAUUGGUCGAGAAGGAGGGCGAGGAGGCCGACGCCGAGCCUGAGUACAAGGAGGUCAAGAAGUUGGUCAAGAAGGACGACUUGAAGAUCGAGAUGUUCUCUUCUGCCUUGAACGAUGAGCAAAGAAACGCCCUUUUCGAGAAGGAGAGCGCCAUGACUGUCGCUGACAAGUUGGUUGCGGACACCGAGGACAGAAAGAACGCUUUGGAGGAGUACAUCUACGAGUUGAGAGGCAAAUUGGAGGAGCAAUACAAGAACUUUGCUUCCGACGCCGAGAAAGAGAAGUUGAACGCCAUGUUGACCAAGACCGCCGACUGGUUGUACGAGGACGGUUACGACUCGACCAAGGCCAAAUACAUCGCCAAGUACGAGGAGUUGGCUUCCACCGGUAACUUGAUCAAGGGCCGUUACUUGGCUGACCAAGAGGAGAAGAAGCAAGCGAUCAGACAGAAGCAGGAAGCUUCCCAGAUGGCUGCCAUGGCCGAGAAGAUGGCUGCUGCCAGAGAGGCUUCGAAGGGUGGUGCUGAGCAGGCUCCAAAGGCUGAGGCCGAGGAAAUGGAGCUUGACUAA